AACGCGGCACGGCGCAAGAUUCAAGAUGACCGACAAGGUGGCGAAAUUCGAACGGAUGGCCAUGGCCAAGCCCGUCCCCAUGAAGCUGUUCGCUGCCUGGGAAGUGGACCGGACACCGUCAAACUGCAUUCCAAGAUUAUGCUCGUUAAAAAUUACCCGUCUCUCGCUGCUCACGCCACUUCCGGCGGAUCUGACGUCGCUCUCGUUGGCGGUGCGGAUGCAAAGUUCGAAACGAACGCUACGCUCUCACGAGAUCCCAGUGCCACAGUCGCUAGGUUCGGGUCUGAACAGUGGCUCAACCGUUGCAGGAGGCGGCCUCGGUUCCACUGCGAGUGCUGGUAUCGGCGGGAGCGUUACCGGUGGUGCUGGUGGUGGGGCCACCGGGGGACAGUUGCACUCACCACCGUUGCUGGAGACGGAGCUGGACCUUCACUUCAGCUUACAGUAUCCACACUUCAUCAAGCGCGACGGUAAUCGCCUGUUGAUUCUGCUGCAGCGACGCAAAAAGUACAAAACGCGCACCAUCCUCGGCUACAAGACGCUCGCGGAAGGCGUCAUCCGGAUGGAUGCGGUCCUGCAGAAGUCGAUGGACAUGACGGUGGAGCUGAACGGAUCGGGCAAGGCUGGGCGCGCCGGUUUAACCAUAGCGACGCUGCGUGCCACGCAGGUCACGUCCAUUCCGGUCGAUCAGGACAACAAGAACAACAACAGCCUGCUGGUGACGGACCGUGUGAACGAGUACUCGGACGAGGACGAGGAACAGGAGUUCAGCUCCGGUGACGACAACGACGAAGGGCUGUCGGGAUACGCGGCCAAGCGCAACUAUGCCGGGAAGCGCGAUUCGUACAAAAAGUUCGAAUCCGGCGAGCAGGAGGACGACGGCAAUAUGUUGCCCUCGAACCAGGCCGAUAGCGACAGUGAUUUCGAGAACAUGGCCAAAGAGAAAGGUUCGAGAGGAAAAAUGAGUCGGCAACGAAACUUCAAACAACGCAUCAUCUCACUGCUCAAACGGUUCAAGGUGCCGGAGGAACUGGAAGGUGACGUGCCGGAGCGCGGUCCGGCACUGCGAGGCAAGCGCGAUCUGGACGCGCUCUUCCAGGAGCUGGAGUCGUUGUCCUGCGGCGAAGGGGACGACUCCGGGCAGGACAUGGACAGUCUAUCUAUCGGCUCGACGCCGAAGCCAUCGCUGAGGCCAUUCUUUGAGAACUCGGGUAAACCAGUGCUUACCCAGCAGCAUUCUUCGAUACAGCUGAGCUCGCUACAGCAGAAAGGGGGUAACAAAGAUUUUAUGCCAGAAAAGAAACCCAAUUUAGAGAAGCGUGACUCGCUCGCCGAAAAGAAAAGCAAUUCAAUAACAAUUGCCAAUAAUAUUAUUAAUAAUAUGAACGGCAACAGUAUUAAUAACAAUCAGACUAGCAAUUACAGUAACAACCAAGAUCGUUCCGGCGAUUGGAAGAACGAUAGCUCCGGCAAUGAAGGGGGCGCGGGCAACACCGAUCCAGAGGCACUGAGCUCCGAUCCGCAGAAUACGGGCAGUCCGCCGAAAGAGAAGGAAACGGCCGAAAAGAAGAACCGCUUGUUUCGCACCAGCAGCAGCACUCCGAACAGUGCCAAAAAGCAAAAGCAAACGCUCAGCUUCCAAAUGGAGCACCAGCAGUUGCAGCAGCAUCAGCAACAGCAUCAACAGAAACCAUCGCCCCUGGAAACGUGUCUCUCGCCGACGAACGUGGAACCACGGAAGUCGCUGCUGGAACAGCUGCAGCGAACGUUUACCACGGAGGAAUCGCUGCUACCGGAAGUGGUUACUAUCGUUGGUCCACCGGAAGCAACGGCUGCCUCUCUAACGCCCCGCUUUGCGUCGCUUAUAUCGUCGACGUUUCGGUCAACAUUUUUGCCCAACAACACGGCGGAAGUGAAAGCAAUAACGCAAGCGCUUAUGAACAAGAUUCAAAAAUACUGCAAUUCGACCGCAAAGCCGCCCAACACGGUGAAGGUGGUUCUAGUCGGAGGCGACUGGUUGCAGGGUGCCGUGUUACGACACUAUGUAGACUUGCUCGGUAUACGCCCGCCAGAUUGGGUGAAUCAUAUCAGAUUUUAUAUUAUCCCCGUCGGAUCGUGCGGUGUGGCGCGCUACAUAGGGAUGAUUGAUUCGAGCUACAUGGCCAUGUUCUGUACCGAAAAUUGGCAGCAGCUUUGCGAACGGGUCGCCAAUCUGGAAAGUGCCCAAACGAAAAACGAAUCGGCCGAGAUGGUCAACCGGAUACAACGCUACCUGAUGUCCGGUGGCCCUUGCACACAGGUCCCGAUCGCCGAAGCCAUGGUGAAUUAUCGCGACGAAGAUUCCUGUCAAAUAUUUGUACCAUUCAUCAGUGACGUACGAAUCGGUUGCCUUGAAGGUCCGCAACUAUCACUAGAUCUCGAUGAAUCGCUAACGUUCGCGUCGCAAAGCAGCGCCGAUCGGUUACUGUCCAGUUCGCCACCCCAGAGCGGGCGGACGUCGCCACCGACAUCACAAACACCGAUCACCGUAAAGCAGGAGCAACAGGAAAAGCAGCAGCAGCAACCCUCGUCGUCCGCUUCGAACCAAGUGCAGGAAUCGCUGGAGCUUCAGGUCGAUUAUUGGCCCCUAGCCCGACCGAUCACCGAUCAAAAGGAAAAGCCGAUCGGCAAGAGUCAGGAUUUGUCCGGAAAGAACAGCAUCAAGAGCUCUUUCCGCCAUCUACAGGUUUGGAGGUUGCCACAGGUGCCAAGUUACGGGGAAUUCACCAAUGGUUUGACGUUGAAUUUUGCCACGAAAGAGAAAAAACAAAAAAUAAUGCGGUUGGGAAAGAAGAAAGAGAAAGAUCGUGAAGCUGAGAAGGAGCAAUGCGUGGAGGGUGUAGCUCGACUGAUCUGCUCACCGAAGCAGUCCCAUCCAGUUCCUUUGCGAGUGUACAUCGAUGGAACCGAAUGGACGGGAGUUAAGUUUUUCCAGCUUUCGUCGCAGUGGCAAACACACAUUAAGAACUUCCCGAUUGCACUGGUCGGUGCACCGCUGGCGCCGGCCGAAAUGCUAACCUAGUCAGUUUCAUCCUCCGUCCUAACGGAGCUGUUACCCCUAGCGCUCACAUCUAAUCAUUCACGCGCCGCUGGAGCAGUCUACGGCCAGCAUAGUUGCGCUCCCAUUUGCUCAAUGAACAGUAAACUGCCAUCUCUACCACGUUCUGCUGGCUGUGAACCACCGCUGCACACGUCAUUCCCAUUGGUUGUCGGUUUGGCUGGUAGUGGCAACACUGCCAACACCGUCAUUAGAAACAAUAGUAAUCAAAACGGUGGCGUCGUAGCAUCAGAGCGUCUGCUUCGUCCACGCAGCUGGGCCGCGGUCAGCCGACCGCGGGGUGAUUAAAACUACCGUCAAUGCAUAUCUACGGCAGGUUGUGUGUACGGUAAUGGAAAUGGGAGAAUUAGUGGGCAGGUGAAAUAGAGAAUUUGAGGAUUUUGUGGUUGGGUUGCUUGUUCGCCACUCGUUGGAACGAUUCCGUUGAUUCUCUCACCAUUUUGUUGAGCAGUAAAUUUUGUGACACCAUGACGGAAGCGAUGCUUUGCUGUUGCUGGGUAAUGCAAGGGACACGUGUAUUAGAUAUGCGUAGGAUUGCGAAGUCGGCCAACGACGGUUCGCUCUUGGUAAGUGAUCUAGUAAUGAAACACUCCUAGCGACUGUUAUACUCGUGUUCGUUUGUUUUGUGAUAGAAAUUGUGUUUAGUGAGAACCCCUAUUAUGCAGCGCUUGUUAAUGCAAGUAAAUGGGCCUGCAGUUUUCAUCCUCAAAUUUCGGUUUGUUUCUGUAGGCCUUCAAACUAGUCUGUAGGGCAAGCUUAAAAUAUAAUAAGUUGAGAUAUGGAACAUACAAGUCAUCCAUUCUCUCGUCAACGGGGAUGGAAUAAAAAGGCAACACUAGUGACAAUAGAGAGAAAGAGAUAGAGAGAACACGUAACACCGAAUGUUGAUUACAAAAUAUUUACCGUUCGGGCUUUUCACGUAAAAUGUGUAGUUAAACAGCAGCUAUUUAGAUAAUCGAUUCGUGUGGCGGGAUAUGAAAUAUCCCAAAGGUUUUUGAUUGAUUUCAAGCUAUAAGAAAUUACGUAACGAUGUUUGACUUUCGUACGGUUUUGGUUCAGCGUGUCGACUAAGCUGUGGAAGAUGAGCACUUUCUGGUUCUAUCUGGCUAUUAGGAUAUGCUCUGUGUUGUAUUUAUUGCUCUCGUGAAGCCGUGCAAGGCUUGGCGAGAAAGAAAAAAAACUUGUUCAGCAUGCGCAGUGAAUAUAAGAAUUGUUCCAAAAAGAAAGGUUUUUUAUUGGUUGUUUGCAGUUGCAACACUGUACCGAUAGCGCUUUGCGAAGGAUGAACGGAAGCUAUUGUAAUGUUGCAAUUUUUAGUGACUAUGCCAUCACUCUGCAUUUCGUUGAAUUGCCGGUGAGCGAGUUCAUGCGGAGGAGAGGAACAGAGAUCAUACGAUUUGGCCACGUUCUAUUCUAAAGUCCAUCAUUCAUAAGGCAGUAUUCAUUAGCGCAAGUUUUCAUAUCGGAUGUGCAGCAAGAUCACGCUAUGCUGUUCCUACAACGUGUAGGGUAUGUCAAAUCAGUAAAUCAAACAAGAAAACAAUAACAUUACAAAUUAAUGUCUAUUGGUAGCCGUCGUAGUUUAAACUCCUUCAUGUUUCUCUGAGCCAUUGCGCAGCGGUUGCUGAAGUAAUGAAAAAUGUUGAAAAAUGAGAUUUUAGGAUAGAUAAAAACACAAUAAAUGGCUGAUAAUGUAUAAUAGUGUCCAAGCAUAGCAAAAGCCACGAUAGUCAUCGCGAGAACAUUGAAGGCUGGUACUAACUUUAUGUAUGAUUUCUAGAUGUGUCUGUGUGCCGUGCAGGAUGCAAACGAUUUGUAUAGUAUUUUAUAUGAUAUUAAAGUAAGGGCAAUUGAAUAAUAAAACAAAAUUUCGAGUGAAAACGGGCCAGCAAAUUGUGGCAUGGCGCACCCCCCCCAGCAAAGCAAUCGAAUGAGGAUGUUUUAACCGACACGAACGAGACGCUUUCAGGAGCAAUUGUGCAAACAUAUUUAUUGAACACAGGUAUGUGAGAGUUUACGAGAAGCAUUACUAAAAAAGAACGUCGUUUUAAACACGAUAGAUUUGUUUUCCGAAAAGCAGGAUUGUUUGUCAAUGAUACGAAGUUUGGCAAAGAGGUAGGGAAAUUCAUUGCACUCAAAAGAGAACUAGCACUCAAACAUAUCCCUAGAAGGAGCAGGUGGUAUUAAGCUGUACUGAAUAUGCAUUGAAUUAAGGCAAACGGGCGUUUGUCGCAAAAUAUGGCUGUGGAUAAUUUUCAGAACUCUAAACAAAAAAUCACCCAUACACAUACAACAACACAACAACUACACAUCAAACAGGGAGAUCAUCUCUAUCCACACUCCGGGCAUGCAAAGGCUACAAAAUGUAUCGCAGUAAAACACUUCUUGGUGGAAACCCCGAUUUUCAUCUGCUUAGUCCCAAUUCCACGACGUAGCCAACCAACGAAGCAUUGCUACUGUUCACAAGCUGAGUAUUCGUUAUGGAGCGCGUGGCGGGACACGCUUGUUGCCGGACAUGGCACGGUUAUCAGUAAUAUCAAAAUGGGACAAGCCAAAAAAAUCAGCAGUUGUCUAUUAUGUACGUGUACGAUGUUCUUCGAACGUUUCUACUGUGUAUUACUUAGACAUUGCGAUAGCACGCGCUCCUUGACUCAAAGGCUUCGAUGUUGUGUGUACCGAACUUAGCGCCGUUUUUGCCACUCCGGGAAGAAUGUGGAACAAUACAAAUCUUUGCAAUUUUGUAGUUCAGACAGUCCAAACAAUUGAGCCGUUUUUUUCAAAUAACGAACACAAGAUGAGAGGGUCAGACGAGUUAGUUUAGCCAUAGAAAAUAUGCAAUCUUCAACAAGUAGAGGCAGAGUAUGCAUUGUUUUAGUAUAUUACCACAAGCUCAGAGUUGUGCGUCAGCGAGGACUUUCAGAUUUAUGUUUCGUUAACACUUCCGUUACUAUCCGACUACCGAAGGUCGAUCGAUGUGUUUACACAGAGUUCCUGCGCCGAUAUAACUUUAAGAUCUGUGUACCAUUUCUUAACCGCAUCGUCCGCCACUUCCUGGAGAGCUGUACUGCGUAGCGCAAAACUAGCGAAAUGCUUUGAUCGUUCCCCAGUAGCCAUUUGCCCCGUUUCGGACGUUGCGAUGACAACCGAAGAUAUAAAAAACAAUCGUUACUACCGCCACAUGUCCAGCUUACUGUAGAUCUCGCGUAAAGGCAUAGUUUAUUGUAGCAUACCUUCAUCUCUUAACCAUCCGCUAUCACGGCCAUACAAAGUUGUCGACCACACAAAUAAACGUAACACGUAUUUCUCUGUAAUAAUGGCAUGAAAGCGAUGCAAAAUGGCGCCGGAUUGCCGGUUGUUGUAAUACUUGGCGCCUCACUUGACCCGCGCCAUUUCAGACAGGCUAAUGAAUAAUGAUUUCUCAUUCACGAGCAGCGUGCGACAUCAUCGCUAACCAUAUACGAAAAAGUAAGAGACUACCCAUUCUUAAACAGAAAAGAACGUAUCACGCCAUAGAAUAUCUGGAUCAUACCAUACAACGGAACGGAAAACAAUAAACGCAAUAAAUAAAUAAAACUCUAACGUUUAAACCGAAGUCUGUGAAUCGCUAUCAGUUCAGUGAUGGUGAAAGAAUGCGCACCGCGUGUCGUUACAAGGUAAACUGAACAAAGACAACCUUUUACCAGCACGGGACACAAGAACCUCCGUUGGUCGGUGGCCAAGAAACAGUUGGCUCCAAAUAGCGUUUGUCGAGCGGAACGCAAUAACGGAAACUUUGCGCGCGGUAACGCCGAAUGAAAAUAGUUAAAACACGAAAGACGAAAGAAAUGAAUGUCUCAAUACUGUUUUAUCCAUGUUUUAAACUGAACAAUAUAUAUAGAUAAAUGAACGUAUAUAUAAAGCCAACAGAAAAAGAAAAUAAAGCUAUGAGUAAAAUAAA